UCCACUUCCGGUUGGUCAGGAGCCGGGAGGCGCGGGCCGACAUGCGGCUGACAGUAGCCGCCGCCAUCUCCCAUGGCCGCGUAUUCCGCCGUCUGGGCCUGGGCCCCGAGUCUCGCAUCCACCUGUUGCGGAACUUAUUAACGGCUCUGGUUCGACACGAACGCAUCGAGGCGACCUGGGCGCGCGUGGACGAGAUGAGGGGUUACGCGGAGAAGCUCAUCGAUUAUGGGAAGCUGGGAGACACCAACGAACGGGCCAUGCGUAUGGCUGACUUCUGGCUAACGGAGAAAGAUUUGAUCCCAAAGCUAUUUCAAGUACUGGCACCUCGAUACCAAGGCCAGAAUGGCGGCUAUACGAGAAUGCUACAGAUCCCAAAUCGGAAUGAGCAAGAUCGAGCCAAGAUGGCAGUGAUCGAGUUUAAAGGGAACUGUCUCCCACCACUACCCCUUCCUCGAAGAGACAGCAACUUCACCCUACUAAACCAGCUGCUACAGGGCCUGAGGCAGGAUCAGGAAAGGUGUGUCCACGCCUCCAACACUCCUCAGACAACAGGAUUAUAACUGAAGCUGCUAAGGGUAUAUGACCCUACCUCAUUGCUGAAGGUGAUCUCAGGCCUUGAAAGCUCUUCAUCUCUAAGAAGAACUUGAGCUAGAUUUGUAAAUGCCCAUCUUAAUUGGGUCCAGAACCCUUCUGAGGAGCCAAAUGACCCUGACCCUCUAUCUGCACAAAUAAAAUUCUUUGUAAGAA